AUUGACCACGAUUUUGAUAUUGUUCACCCUGGAAAAGGAAACUUGUUAUUCCAGAAAUGGGAUUUUCUGCGGGAAUCAAUUAUUAACUUUGCGAAGAGACAGUGUUUUCGGAAGGACUUCAUGCUCACUCUGAAAUCCUUUAACAUUGAUCUCGACUGUUUUAAUGACAAAAUUUUGACUUUGCAUGCCCUUUCAUUACUGGCUAUAAUUUCACCCACAGUAACGGUGAAAAAGAAGUGGAGGCCAUCGAAAAUUGAAGCCAAGGACGGAUUCUUCAUAUUUGCUACCUCAGAAGAUGAGGCAAAGGAAAAAGUAGAGAGAAGAAAUGCCAAGCUUCAACUCCAUGGCAUCGAAGCCCUCCCAACAGCAGUUGUAAUCACACCUCCCUCACCAAACAAUUGGCUACAUAAAGUAAUUUUGAAAGACAUCCACUACGACUGUCCUUCGGCUCUCAAAUGUAUCGACGUAUGUAUGAAGCUCUUCGUAUUAUUGCAGGUCCCAGUGCCCAGCGAUAGCCUCUUAACGUG